UUAUUAGGGGCCGAGUCCUGACGACGGCCAGACAAACAGACAUAGAUACACCCACACAUGGGCACGGCGAGGGGGCAGCGAGAGAGAGAAAGAUGAUGCUGGCAAACCCCAGGAGGAACUCAUAUCCAUCUGGUCAGAGCUCAGAGGGCCCAAUGUUUCAAAGCUCCUCACAUUCACACUCAAUCUCAUCCUUUGUUCUACACUUCCUUAAGAAGCCCCAUGCCUUUCCUUUUCUUCUCUCCAUCUUCCUCUUCCUUACAUGGCUCUCUCUCAGACUCCAGCACGCUUCCCAUUUCUCCCCCACUUCUUACGAACUCAAGUCCAGCCAAGAUGAUGACAAUGCUGCCAAUUUGGUCAGAUUCAGUUCUGGGUUUCCUUCCCCGCUGGCAAAAGACAAGCGCGGUUGGUUGCUCGACCCCGUCUCUCUUGCCCUUCAUUCUGGGAUUUUGGGUGGAGCUGUGAGUUGUGCUUCAGUUCAUGUUGGAGAAAUUCGACCCGGUAAUGUCAGGGGAAACCACAGGCACCAUACCUGCAAUGAGACCUUUGUCAUGUGGGGUGCUAAAACAAAAUUCAGGUUGGAGAACAGAGCUGUUAAUAAAGGUUUUGCUGAAGUGAUACUGGGUGCAGAUGAAGUUGCUGUUGCCACUAGCCCAAGUGGAACUGCCCAUGCUUUAGUAAACAUCGAUCCAAUACGGAGUACAUUCUUUUUAGGGUGCCAAGACAGCAUUGUAAAUUAUAGCAACUUAUCCACUGAUUUUAAUGUUUGGAAAGAUUUUUAGGCAUUACUUCUUGUCAGUUUUGCUUGAUUGUUCCUGUUUCCAGUACGACAUUUUCCUGAACUUCAUUUCUUUUACUGUACUGUAAGAGUUGUACAAGGGCCUCCCAAUAUAAGACGGAUUUCAUCAUAUAAGAGUUUUUAGACAUCUCUGGAUAUAAGUACCUACAGUUGCUGCGA